CAACGCGUUGACGUCAUCUUGAGAUCGGUGCGUUGUACACAGGAUUGUAUACACACGCUAUAUGGUUGUUUGGGCCGUCUCGGCCUCGGGGAGAAAGGACAAGUCCGUGCGUGGGGGAUUGGGGAGCAGUGGACACCGCUGGACGCAUACAUAUAGCACUCGCAGAGUCGAAUCAGACGUCGUAAUAAUAAUAACAACAACAAUAAAUAUAACAAUAAUAAAAUCGCUCGACUAGCGUACGCCCCGCUCGUGAGCGCGCGCGUGUGUGUGUACUGUGUAUGUAUAUAUGUACGUUAUACGCUCGCGAGUGCAAGUGUGUCUGUGUAUGUGUGCGAGUGUGCGCGCCCAAGUUCACCGUUGAUAAUACCACGAGCAUGCGAGUUGCAGAAAUUGCGUGAAUCGUGGUGACCUGCGACUUGUGUUGUGUCUUCGGAGUUCUGCGUACGGUCCUCGCCCCGUCCGUGCAGUCUGCACUGCUCCGCGCGCGCGGAGUCGAUGUUAUUAUUUUAUACAUUGUGCAGCUCUGCGUCUCGAGACUGUGCGCGAAAAGUUUCUGCGACCAUUGCACGCAUAGUAGAGGUGUUGAGUGGCUCGCGCGGGGCGCUGCACCCGAUAUUGCAUGUGUAUUUGAUGUAGGGGCCCCGGAGACCAACCCAUCACACGCACGCUUGAGAUAAGCAAUCGUAGCCUGUUUGCGCGCAGAUCUGAGUUGUGUUUUGAUAUUGUGACAGUUGUAGGCAGCGAUUAAAAGGCCUGCCGUUAUCUUGCCAACACGUCCCAGGUUAAAUCAAUUGUUGCGCCUAUAGCUCGCUCGUCGGAGUCGAUAAAAAUGCUCGGUUGCGUGUGCUGGUGGUAUCGACUCGAUCCGACCAUGAGUACAAGCAUUUCUGAUUGAUAAGCUCGACUUUCAUUGGGACGACGGUGGGUCGAUUAGAACCUACAACUCCUGGGCACACGGACACACAACGGUGCAGUAAUGGAGCUCAAAGUCUGGGUCGAGGGUAUCCAACGCAUCGUUUGCGGAGUCACCGAGACUACCACUUGUCAGGACGUAGUAUAUGCACUUGCCCAUGCAACCGCUCAAACGGGCAAAUUUACGCUCAUUGAAAAAUGGAGGACCAAUGAAAGACUGCUGGCACCUUAUGAGAAUCCCUUAAAGAUUCUUAUGAAAUGGGGUGAAUAUGCACCCGAAGUACAGUUGGUACUGCGAAAGUCAACUCCUGAUGGGAACAAAAGUAAUGUGCCUACUAAUUCAAGAGGAAUGCAUGCCAAUCGCCCCAAUGGCAUGCAAAAUCCAUUGGCAGAUCACUGCCUAAGUACCAAUUUUCAUGAUAAUGUCAAAGGAAGUCCAACUAUAGGAUCUGAUUAUGAUGAAGGACAAAGUAGUGGUUUAGAAAGAAAUCGUGAUAUUAGAAAAUCAUUAACCUUCAGUGGACACCAUGGAAACUUGAAUGAUUGCAGUCCAGAAAUUCAAAUGGAAAACGUUGCCAUAGUUCAGCCAACGCCUCAAUUAAAAUCAAAGGAAAUAGGAGCUAGAAAAACAUCUCAAAGAUUUGCUCAGUCUCCUUCUAGCCCAUCUAACAUUGAUGGCAGCAGUAUUUAUGCAUCACAGAAAAAGAUUAGAGAAGUCCCCCCGUAUAGAGAACCUCCAGGGCCUCUUUCACCUCCUCAACAGCGAACUCUACCACCUUAUAGAGACCCUCCACCUCCAAACUUAGGUAGCCCUGGAAGAUCUCAGUAUUUACCUAACACAAGUAGCAGUCCUCAUCUUCAUAAGGAAGUAGUAUCAUCAAGUAACUCUGCUAAAUCUAAAAGAAAUCUCAUUCAGGAAUUUCAAGAAUCCAAAAGUCCUAAUCAAGUAGCUGAUCAGGUAGCUGGCCCAGGACAAAAUAUGGUAACUGUUGCAUACACACAGAGAUAUGUUGAACUCAUCAGACUAGUCAAUAGGCAGAGAGAUACUAUUAAUGCUCAACAAGCAGAUUUGACUAAAUACGAUGCUGAAAUUUUAUACUGGGAAACAAGAAACAGAGAACAAAUCCAUCAAAUGGACUUUAUUUCUCAAGAAGCCAAUAGAAUUGAAUCUACUAAUAGAGCCAUUGAAGAGCAGAUAAAAGAAUUAACGCACGUUGAAGAAGAGAGCGAAAUAGUUAGACAGCAAGAAAAAACAUUAAAGUCCGAAAUAACGCUAUUGCGAUCAAAACUUGCAAACUGCGAAACGGAAUUACUUCAAUGUAAAAAUAAAAUUCGGCUACUAGCUGAAGAACUAGCGAUAGAACAGCAACUCAUUAAUCGAGAAGCUGAUGAUAAUCAAAUGAUGGAAAGGAAAUUAAUAACAGAAGUUGAGCAUCUGCAAAAUGAGUUAGAACAAGCGAAACGCUCUGCUGAUAUGAGUAAUCAAUGUGCAGACUCUCUAAAAAAUGAAGUUGUAGGUUUGGAAGCUGCAAUUGUAGAAAAGAAAAUGCAAGUUGAAAGACUUGUAGCAGAUAUGAAGGAGGCAAAUUUACAAAGUCUGACAGUAGCUUGUCAAGACGAACAAGUCAAAAACCUGUUAGAAGGAGCUCAAAAACCAGGAAGCACUAGAAAAAUGAUAGGCUCUCCAAGACAGUUGGAAACUGCAGUCCCUACGAGUAAAAACCCACAUGGUGUGUGGGUGUAAGCAGGGGGAAGUGAUCUCUAAAAUUUGAUAUACAGUUACGGUAAAGAAAAACGUAUACAUUUAGUAUUAAAAUUUGUUUGCCUUAAAUGAGUUUAAUGUGUAGCUUACACUGCCAUAUGUGUUGAAUCACAAUUUUAAUGAAAACCAUAUAUUGUUGUAACUAUAUCUAUAAAAUAAUGAUUGAUUAAGAAACACCAUUUAUUGUUACAAAACUAGAGUGUUAAUAUCAUGUAUCUAAAUAUCUUAUCUUUUUUAUAUUGUAUUGCUCGUUUACCAAAGCAUAUUGAAUUUGUUGAUGUAAAAUGAUAAUGUCUAUUUUCCUGCUAAUAAUUUUUACUCGUCAAAAACUUUGAACAUCAAAAUUGUCAAAGCAUGUCUAUGUAUGUAAGAGAAAUACUGAAUUGUAGAAGUUUGUGAAACGAAAGAACGACAUAAUAAGAAAUAAUUGUCUAACAGAUUCGUAA